UUAUUGAAAUAAAAGUCUAAAAACUAAAACUCUCCGUAUUCUCCAGAAACAAGCGCGCACAGAUUUGCCCUGAUACUCCGCCUAGAUCUAGAGCCCACAUCGCUUAUCUGCAUUUUCUCAAAACUCAAAUUGUGAAUUUCUGCCCUAAUAUCCAUCUCGCCUUUGAGAUUAAUCCAAGGUUCAAUAUGAAACCAUCAAAGACUGAAAAUGAGGCGAAAUCAACUAUGAAGAGUAUAACCAAAUAUGCGUUCGUCCUGCUGGGUGCUAUAAGAAAGGGACAAUGACGAGGACGAAAUCUUAAAUCUUUGGUUAAGAAAGAGAAUAUGCCAACUAAGAGUUUAUUUCCUCAAUCUAGUGAUCUUGUUAAGCAAUACAUCCAAACAAUUGAAACAAGCAAGGUGCUAUUGGGAAGGGACGAGGACAAGGGCUUAAAAGCUCUACCAUGUCUGCUAGUCAAGGAACGGGAACGAUGCAUAAAAACUCCAUUGUUCUUGAGAAAGAGUAUAUACGAACUGAUAUUCCAUUGCCUCCAUCUAUUGAUCAAGUUAAGCAAUACACCCAAAAAGUUGAAGCAAGUUCUAUAGGGAAGGGACGGGAGCAAACUCCUAGAUCUUUGUGCUCAUCUUUGGGGAUUUCUAAAAGCACAAGAUCGAAUUUUACCAUGCCUUGUAACCAAGAAAUGCGAACAAUGAAUAAAAACUCCUUGGUUCUUGAGAAAGAGCAUAUGCAAACCAAUAUUUCAUUGCCUCCAUCUACUGAUCAACUUAUGCAACACUCCCAAGCAACUGAAACAGUCGUAGGUUCUUCAUAUAAUUCUGGAAAGGUAAGAAAAGUUCGAGGGAGGAACAAGUGCAAAGAAGUUGCAUCACUUGAAGUCGGACAAAAGCUGAAAGUAACCUUUUACAAUAAUCGAAUAGAUGGAACAAAUAGCAAACUGUUUUCGAGGCACUUGGGAAGAAUCGUUCGUGACCGUAAUAUGUGUCCGUUGGGAUUAUUAUCGUGGAGUGAUAUUAAGGAAGAAAAGCUGAAUCACAUGUGGGCAGCUAUUGAGGAUAAAUUUUAGAGUGUUGACAUGAAUGAUCAUCGUGAUCAUAUCUUCGGAUGGAUGAAAGAGUUAUGGAACAAAUGGAGAGGACACUUGCAUGCAAAAUAUGUGAAGGAUAAGCCAAUCCAACAGGCUCUUAAGAAUAUUCCUAAGGGAGUAGACAAGAGAUUAUACAAUCAGACUAUACUCAAAUUGAAGAAAUAAUUCAAUCAGAUUCAUCUCUACCUAGCAUAGAGAUUGUAGAAAAAUGUUGUGGACCUCAAACUCGUAGCCAUAUGUUUGGCUUUGGGGGUGGAGUAAAGGCGAAAGACUUGAAAGGUGGAACUUCCUCAAAGGCUGAAUUGUUGUCCGCGCUACGUUCAACUCGAGAAGAGAACAAAUCUUUAAGUGAGGAAAACAAAUUCUUGCAGGAGCGCUUGUCUACCUUAGAAGAUGACAUGAAAGAAAUGAAGAAAAUGAAAGAGUUCUUCGCUGCUCAACAAUCACAUGUCCCGCUUACGACAUCGCCUGUUUCAACUGAAUGAACACUGUUUUGUCUGCUGGCCAAGUUAGUAACAAUAUACCUAACUUUUUAAUUUAUAUAGUCGAUUUCUAUAUUACAGAUUCUAGUAGUUUACUUUUUAAUAUUUUUUGCAAUUCAUCAGUAGUACCUGAGAAUGGCAAGAAGAAAUAGCCUACAGAAUAGUGAUUGAAGCUAAAUAUGGAUUGAAUGUACAGUGGUGCAGUACUUAGAUGCUCGCGGAUCUGUUUUGACCCCUUACAUAUUUUGAACAACUAACU